CAUGUAGAUGACACUACAACUGGUAUAUCAAAAGAUGGUUUCUGAUAGAUAGUGUGCGUCUUGCAUGUCAAAUUGAUAACUACCUUUUGGUCAGGAAGGUAUUCAGCUGGGAGUCAUACCCGUCUCAGCAGGUCACUGGCAGGAGAUAAAACAUCUCGAGUGGUGGGGGGCCUUGUGGCCCACUCACCACCGAGGUGUUGGAGCCCCUCUCCGUCCUGCCCCUCUCCACUCACGUUGUCUGGACUGCCCUGGUCUGUAAUCACGUCUCUUUUGUGCCACAGAUGCCUUUUUCUCCUGUCUUAGUUCUGCACUUGUGGGUCAAUAGGCCGCACUGUCUUAAUGGACAAUAAGGGCCUUUGUGCCGGCUGUUCAGCAAAGAUCACAUUCAGGUGCUGUUUCUCACCACUGCCUUCACCAGAGCUUCCAUAUUUUGUGGUUUUCACCAUGGAGGGACUAUUUUGAGCCCCAGUGUUGGCCCUCAGUAGGGAACUGCAGAGGCACAAUGACACCUUGAGACGUGGUAGCACAACCUGGGUGUCGGGAAAUGUCGGUGGAGGCGCAGUCCCCUUAUCUCUAUCAUCUUAUGCAACCAACAUCCAUCAAGUCGAAUGGGAGGUGAGCAAUGGCUCACGAACCUGAUGUGGCUGGCUGCAGUUAUGGCACUUCCCAAAGCCAUGCUAGCUCAGGAAAAUGAAUAUUCCUUCAAUUUACCAUUGACUUACAUUUUAGGGGUUUCUUUUCAACUCUGAGGCAGAAAUAUGGGCAGAGAUUCGAAAGCCUGGAGCAUGGCAAAAAAUGUGGGUCCUGUGGCUUACACCGUAGCCACAGGACAGAGGAAUACACAAGCCUCUUACAUGAGUCUGCUGGAGAAGGGAAAGUUGCCCAAAGCUUGCUUCAGCAUGAAUGUGGCUUCUCUUUCUCCGCGCGUGCCACACCUCUUGGCAAGGUGAAGGUUUGAGAAGGAAAGAUUCCUUUCUCCUGAGGUAACAGGAGUACAACUGGAAUAAAAAAGGUGGCAGUCGGGAGAAUGCCGCGCACGCAGAAUUGAACCCCGAGGAUGGGGUUGCAGCUUCUCCGGGGCCUUCGCUUGAUUUUCAGUAAUCUCCAGCCUCUGCCUCUCUCCCGUGGUUCCUUUUAUUAAAUCAAUGAACCUUGCAUUAGCUGGGUGAAGAUCAUUUGCUGUCUGCUACGCUGCUGUGGAUGUGCUGUCUCGUAGUGCUGAGUGGCACGUUUGCCCAGACAUCCUGGCCUGCUGCUGCUGCUGUCCCCAGACCACUCCUAAGGUGGCACACGAUGUUGGGUUUCAUAGUGAACCUGAACUAAAGACGCAGAAGUUGCACUGGUAAAAGAUCCGUAAGCUUCAUAAAGCCAGUCUAUAUUACAGUAUCAACACUAAAUCAAGAGCUCUGCAGCUUUCAGUGUUGUUAUUAAAUUCUCUGGCAAUUACGGAGAGCUAGCACAGCCCUUUGGAGAAGGGACUGCUCUGCUCGUCUGCACGCUGGCAGAGCACUAGGGUGCUUUGCAUCUAGAUGCUAAUGCUAGAUACAAUGCUAAAAUGCUAAUAUCUAUGGACACAUGAGAGAUGUAUCUGCACUGGAGAUCUGGCGGCUUGGAGCUCGCUGUGGUGGUGGGGGCGAAUGGGCCCAAGCUGCAGCGAGCAGCCUGGCCUGGGUGGCCACAUGGCAGGGAGUGUGCCGACGGCGCUCCUGGAGCCUUUACUGAGGCCUGUAAGCUGGGGAUGGUGACCCCACAGCACCCAGCUGUGUACCUCAGGGCCUUUGGUACGUUUGUUUGUGGUGCCUUCGGGGUGGGGAGAGGGUUUCUCAGCUCUGUACCUCCCUACCUGAUGCAAAAGCAGAGGGAACGCUUCCUUGCAGACCGCUGUCAGGUUGCAUGCAAGCAGAGCUGCCCGUUGUCCUUUGUGUUCCUCCCAUUCAUUUUGUCCAUAACUUAUUUCCUCAAGAUGUACCUGUCUUGGUAAUUUGGUGUUUUGUCAUUUCUUCUAAGACUCAAAGACCAAACCAGACGGCGGGAGGUAUUUUCUCUGCUCAACACUUUGCAUCUGUGCUCAUUACUUGCCCGCCGGUCGCUGCAGCUUAUGGAACGGCAGAGAUGCAUGUGAGAGAAGCAAGAGGCUUCUGGAUCAAGAGUCACAUCGCAGGCCAAGCCAGACGGGCAAGCAAUACAAGCUGUGAAUUUACUGCUGACCCCUGUAGCACAGUGACCACCUUCGCUUUUGUUUUCGCCAUACAGAGAUGCACUGUCAAUAAGAUCCUGGAGCCCGGGGAAGAGUUUUAAAGCAAAACAUCAGAUAAAAAGGCUGCAACAUCUCACGUGAGAGAGGGGAUAGAAGAAAAGAGACUUACAAUAGCAUCCUGAAACACUCAUAUGGUUUGAGCUCUAUCUCACCUUAUUUGAAAGAGGAAAGCCAGUGAAGCCCUGCGAGCAGUCCAGCAACUUGUGAAAAAUCUUCAUGCUACAGGAUAAUCCACAAUUCCCUGAAGAAGAACAUAGUGAAUGUUAGUCCAGAGGAGCUGUCGGAGGAUCGUGCUCACAGGGAGAUGAUUCCCCAUGAAGUCACUGGAUCCCUGGCAGAAAUCAAAUGUGACUUUCCGUUUACCAGACUGAAACCAGAGCCAGCCAGACAGUGAAGCAAGCACAGUGGAGGGGGGACGGCGAAAGAUGAAAUCCAACCAAGAGCGGAGCAAUGAAUGCCUGCCGCCCAAGAAGCGAGAGAUCCCCGCCACCAGCCUGCCUUCGGAGGUGAAGCCGGUCCUGCCGAACGACAACCACCGCGCCGACAACCUAGCAUGGCUCCCCGGCACGCCCGGCGGCCAGAGCGGCCUGGGGGCCAGGCACAGGCCCGGGGGGACGUCGGCGGAGGUGGGCUUGCAGCAGGGUUUGCACAAGCCGCCGCCACCGCCGCCGUCGGCGGGGCUGGACUAUUCCCCGCCGAGCGCACCCAGGUCCGUGCCGGCCCCCACCACGCUCCCCACCGUGUACUCGCCCGCGCUCUCCCAGUCCGGGACCCCCGUCUCCCCCGUGCAGUACACGCACCUGCAGCACACGUUCCAGUUCGUCGGGCCCCAGUACAGCGGACCAUACGCCGGGUUCAUCCCCUCGCAGCUGAUCUCCCCGACCGCCAAUUCGGCAACCGGCGCCGUGGCGGCGGCCACGGCGGUCGCAACCACUCCAUCCCAGCGCUCCCAGCUGGAGGCUUAUUCCACUUUGCUGGCCAGCAUGAGCGGCUUGAGCCAGCAGGGGCACAAAGUCGAGCCGCACCUGGUUAGGACGCCCGGGCUGAUCGCCGCCGGGUCCCCUCCGCCCGCCCAGCAGAACCAGUACGUCCACAUCUCCAGCUCUCCCCAGAGCGCGGUCCGAAACGUCUCUCCUCCAACCAUCCCGGUCCCCCUGCACCCCCACCAGACGGUGAUCCCCCACACGCUCACCCUCGGCCCUUCCUCCCAGGUGGUGGUGCAGUACAGCGACGCCUCGCACUUCGUGGCGAGGGACGCCCCCAAAAAGCCCGAGAGCGGCCGGCUGCAGGCGAUGCAGGCCAAGGAGGUACUGAACGGCGAGAUAGAGAAGAGCCGGAGGUACGGCAUUUCGCCCUCCGCCGACAUGGGUCUGGUCAAAGCAGGCAAUAAACCAGCUCCUCACCAUUACGAGACCAGGCACGUGGUGGUGCACUCAAGCCCCGCCGAGUACGGCGCCCGGGAUUCCUCAGGGGUCCGAGCCUCCGUCAUGGUGGUCCCCAACAGCAGCACGCCCACGGCGGACAUGGAGGUGCAGCAGGCCACCAACCGAGAGACCUCCCCCUCCGCCCUCAACGACAAGGGAAGCUUGCACCUCGGGAAGCCGGCCCACCGCUCCUACGCGUUGUCCCCGCAGCAGGCCCUGGGCCACGAGGGGGUGAAGGCGGUGGCCACGCUGUCCCCCCACACCGUCAUCCAGACGACCCACAGCGCCUCCGAGCAGCUCCCCGUCGGGCUGCCGGCGACGGCCUUCUACGCCGGGACCCAGCCGCCGGUGAUCGGCUACCUGAGCGGCCAGCAGCAAGCCCUGGGGUACCCGGGGGGGCUGCCCCAGCACCUGGUGAUCCCCGGCACCCAGCCCCUGCUCAUACCCGUCGGCAGCGCCGACGUGGAGCCGUCGGGCGUGGCGCCGGCGAUAGUCACCUCGUCUCCCCAGUUCGCAGCAGUGCCUCACACAUUCGUCACCACCGCCGUCCCCAAGAGCGAGGCUUUCAGCGCCGAGCCCCACACCACCCAGCCCGCCUACCAGGCCACCAUGGUGCAGGCGCAGAUCCACCUCCCCGUGGUGCAGUCCAUCGCCUCCCCCGCCGCCGCUCCCCCCACGCUGCCCCCUUACUUCAUGAAGGGGUCGAUCAUCCAGCUGGCCAACGGGGAGCUGAAGAAAGUAGAGGACUUGAAAACGGAAGACUUCAUCCAGAGCGCGGAAAUUAGCAAUGACCUGAAAAUAGACUCCAGCACUGUGGAGAGGAUCGAAGACAGCCAUAACCCAGGCAUUGCUGUGAUACAGUUUGCGGUCGGGGAGCAUCGCGCACAGGUCAGCGUGGAGGUCUUGGUAGAAUACCCUUUUUUUGUAUUUGGACAAGGCUGGUCAUCCUGCUGCCCCGAGAGAACCAGCCAGCUCUUUGAUUUGCCAUGCUCCAAACUCUCUGUGGGGGAUGUCUGCAUAUCGCUUACGCUCAAGAACCUGAAGAACGGCUCUAUUAAAAAGGGCCAGCCCGUGGACUCAGCUAGUAUCUUGCUGAAGCAUUCAAAGAAUGACAGUCUAGCUGGAAGUAGACACAGGUAUGCGGAGCAGGAAAAUGGGAUUAAUCAGGGAAGUGCACAGAUGUUAGCUGAGAAUGGUGAACUGAAGUUUCCGGACAAAAUAGGAUUGCCUGCAGCACCUUUGCUCACCAAAACAGAACCCAGCAAGCCCCCGGCAACGAGGAAGAGGAGGUGGUCAGCCCCCGAAACACGAAAACUAGAGAAAUCAGAAGAGGAGCCACCUUUGACUCUUCCCAAGCCUUCUUUUAUUCCUCAGGAGGUUAAGAUUUGCAUUGAAGGUCGAUCCAAUGUAGGAAAGUAAAAGUUGUUUGGGGAAAGGAAAUUAGGCUAUCCCUUGUCAUUUUUAUCCAGAUUACUGUACUGUAGACUAAAUAACCCAGUAUUUACAUGUUAUCAUCUUAUUUUAGGUUUAUGUUAUAACCUUGUUGUUAUAGUUGCAGCUGGUAUUAUGCAGGAGACUGGUGCAUAUGUUUUUCCACAAGUGUUUGUCAGUGACUAGGUUUCUUGAGAGCUACAGAAGGGGCAGUAUCUGCUUCACACACCCUUAGUGGAAAUGAAUGUGUUGUCAUGGCUCCUGUUUUCUAACACCUCGUGUAGGACAGGGUCCAGCUGUGAUUUUUUUCCUUUUGUCAUCGUUAUUUUUUUUGUGUUUUUUUUUUUUUUCCUUGUUUUGGUUCCCGUUCUAGGUUUUUUUUUUGGGGGGUAGGUGAGGAGAAGGGAACUGUAGCAGAGGUGUGUGUCACGCGUGGUGUGUGUGUGCGUGCGCCCGUCCCGAGGAGGGACCCUGAAGAGGUUUCCUGGCCCCAGGUGAAUGCUGAGGACACAACCCACAGAUGUUACCCAAAAGAGGAUCAGACAGCCUCUGAUGCUGUCAACAAUAAGCCAACUCUCGCUCAAGGCUCUACAGUAUAUAUAUAUAUGUGUGUGUGUGUAUAUAUAUAUAUAUAUAUAUUUGUGUGUGUGUAUAUGUAUAUAUAUAUUUCCCCCCAUGGGGUCUGACUGCACUGAUUUUUGCUCACCAAGCAUCUGCCACACCACCAGAUUCCCCUCUGCUUGCUCGUGCAGUCGGGUGCCGGGAGGCCACACACACACGGGGCGCUGUCCUCGGCGCCGGCGGGCACGCCUGGGCGCACGUGGGUGUGCGUGGGUGUGCGUGGGUGUGCGCAGGGAGCCCUCCGGCUCGCUGGGCGGGCCCUGUUUCCGUGCAGUGUUAGACAAAUCCCUCGGGUUAAGGCCAUGGACAUUCGCUUCCACCAGGGAGACGCAUACUGCCCCUUUGAGAUCACAGGCAUCCAUCGUUUGCAGUUGGGUUGCAGGUCUUUGUCUUUAACUCUAGUACUGUUUUUGGUUCAUGAUUAUGGACGACCCGUGCCACUUUUUUUCAAAUUUCAGUGUGACACAGGAACCCGAUGUUGAAGAUGAACGUAGAAUGUCUUUAAGCACUUAAAAUGCUGUUCACACUUUAUUGCUGAGCAUCCUGGUCUAACACUCAGUACGUACUGUAUCUCACUUUAAUCUGCUCGGAAAACAGCAGCAGCAAACAAAUUAAUCUCUUCAACACUGUAACUACAUGCAACUAUGUAAAGUUUUCUCACGAGCAAGAUGCUGAAAGUUUCAAUGUGGUUUCAAAGGGAUGAAUGUGAAUUAUUGAACUAGUAUGUGACAGUCAUUGUCCACAAAGGACUACUUAAUAGGAGGCACUUUUUAAACUUUAAUGCUUGAGAAAGAGUUAAAGGCAUAUGCGAGCUGACAGAUAAUAAAAGAAUAAGAGAAAGGAAAAAGGAAAGAGAAAAAAAAAAUCAUUGUCCAGUGUUUUUGAAAAAAAGAUGGACUUUAAAGAAUCUUGCAAUUUGCACAUCUUGAGUUUAUCAUUUGUGUGGUAUUCCUGCAGUUUUUACCUAAUAAUGUUGUGGGUUGGGGGGGGUCUGAAAGAGCAUAAACAAAUGUAGCAAUUACUCACUAACCUGCCUACGCUCUAGGCCAUUUCAUAGGGUUAUUGUUCCUUUCAAAGUUCAUUUUCGGUCUUUCUACCGUAUCUGCCACACAGAACCUAGCACAGGUCCUACCGGGACGGCUCUGAGAAUUUGUCUUCAGACUUGCUGAGAGAGUUUUCCACAAGAAACAUUUCUAUACAUAAGCAAGGUGUUUGUUUGUUUUUAAAACAAACCUAUUGUUAUUUUAUUAUUAUUAUUAUUUGUUAUUUUAAUUGCAUUGCUUUCCAUUUGAAAGACUAGAUUUAAGAGUUUGGUACAAAACAAGUUUUGGGGGGGGGGGAUUCACGCCGUUCAGUCUUUUGUUUCCCCAGGUAGGGCCGGAUCCUUUGAGGUGCUGUGCACCCAGCCUCCCGGAAAGUCGCGGGGAGGUGCGAGUAUUACGUACUUCGGGUCUGAGCUACAAAAAGCCUCUUGCUGCCAACAGGGAUGUGUCUCAUUGAUGUCAGUGGGAUCUAGCUCGGGCCCGGCGCGAUCAAGCGUUCACGUCGUUACUUUUGGUUGGUGAGUUCGCGUCCUUCAGGUAGUUUUGAAGAAGCUGUGCUGAUAGGGAGAAAAGGAAAUAAAAAGUCCUGGAUUAGAAAUACAGUACCUAAAGUGAACAAACUUAUUUAAAAAUCAUGUUUUCCCUCUCCCCUAAAAUACAGUGCUUUUAUUUAAGAAAAGAGAUGUUAACCCCAAACCCCAGCUUUGACUCUGUUAUUUGUUACUUGAAAUUUAGCUCACACCAGAACUAAUUGUUUUUAUACCAUAUUCUGGGGUGCACCAAAAAGUUUAAAUACGUUUAAAAUAGCUUGAAACUUUUCUUGAAUUUCCUUGAAUUUUAUUAACCUCUCAGCGGGCUACCAAAUAGCUGAGUGGGUUUCUUCUCACAGUCACACUGCUUAGUUAGUGCUUAUUUGUUAAUAUUUCUGCUCAGAGAAGUUGCUUAAUCUUCCAUAUACUCUGCUCAGGGCACUUGCAAUUUAUUGUUUUGUUUUGUUUCCUGUUUUGUUUUUAAGCUUUUGAUGGUAAAGGAGUAGAAAGAAUUACAGAUUUUAGUUCGCAUUCGUACCACUAUUUCCGUAAUUCACACGUGCUCGGAAAAAAAAAAAAUCUCAAAGAGAACCAUACGCAUUCACAUUCGUGGUUAAUAAGGAAGCAGGGGCUAUUAAACUGACUGGAUCUAUUCAACUAACACUAAAAAAAAAAAAAAAUAAAAAAUAAUAAUAAUAAAAAAAUAAGUUUGGAGCAAUAGGAAUGUAUUAGUUCUGUGCUUGUAUUUCAGACUGAGGAUUUCUGAAAUAACUGGUUCUUUCCCAACAAUCGUCCCUUUCCAUGCUUUGGCUUUCGUAGGAUGUGCAAUACUUUACGUGCCAACGUAGACUCACCCGUGCGGUGUUAGCUAGAUCUCAUACCCUCUUCUGGUUUCCCCUUUUUGUUCCCUUGGAAUAGUUUCUUUCUUCCUUCCUUCCUUCCUUUUUUUUUUUUUCCUAUUAAUAACUCCCCUCCCCCCAAAAAAUAAAAGAGAAACGUGUUGAGGGUGAGGCGUUCCUUGACGUGGGAAACACCAGCCCUUUUUGUCAGCGUGAGGUGAAGGCCUGCCUCGGCCUUGCGUCUCGGAGACGCACGCCCCCGGCCUCCGCGCUGUGGAAAAAAAUGAAAAAUUUAGAUCCAGGAAGACAAAAAGCGCCUAAUCCGAGUUCCCCCCCGCCACCACCACCACCACGAGAGGAGUUUCGGGGUUCAUUAUGUCUCCAAGGGGGGGAUUUUUGCCAACGUCAGCCCUCUUCCCCGCGGGGCCACGUGCGGCCAAGGGGCCGCUCGGUGUUUGCCCCGUGCCCUGGCCCGGCUCCCCUUUCUCUUGUUUUCUUUUGGUCUCUUUUUUUUUUUGUUUAUUUGUUUGUUUUCUUUCCUUUUUAUUUUCUUUUUCUUCCUUUUUUUGUAGCAGGCCUGUUUAGUUUACAACGAAAUGCAUACAAUCACCAAGAAAUUAGUCAGGGCGAAGAAAAUAAAACGAGAACCUCUUUAUAGGGAUUUCUAAAAAUAUCUAUCUAUCUGUCUAUCUAUCUAUCUAAUCUAUCUAUAUAUCUAUAUAUAUAAAAUGACUGUUCCUUAUAGUGUUUAACUUAGGCAUUGUUUCAGUUUGUCUGGGCCACAUCACGGGGAAUUUGAGUUUGAUGUCACUUACCUCAAGUCCUGCAGUUGAAACCCAAAUUGGCGUUGCUGUUGACCUACUUUAGGAUUUUGUAAGUUGCUGUUGGGAUUUUUUUUCCCCCGACGAACCAGACCUCGGGGUGGGGGGGGGGGGUGGGAGGGGUGGGGAUAGGAUGUUCCUCUGAUUCCUUCAAUUCCUUCGUCCCGCUGUCGCUUCGUUCGACCUGUUGUUCCGUCAUUUUCUCGGCGUGGGGAAGUGACAUCACUACUCUCGUUUCCCUAAAUCAAGGAACAUUUAGAAACUUUUCACACCUUUUACUCAGGGAUGGGGCUGGCAUAUGUGUGGUACACUGAUGUGACCAGAAGCAGCACUUUUACUGCUCUGGAGUAGGGAUGUACAAUGUGACAGACGAGUUUGGAUUUCCUGCAUCUCAUGGUUUAACUCUGUAGAUAUCACGUAGAUCGCAAUACAAAAGCAGCAGGCUCAGCGUGAACUGUAGCUGUUGGUUAUCACGAAAAUUCACUCUGUGCAGAGAUUUGUUUCACUUAAAAGUGUGUUGCCAAUAUUAAAAAGGAAACGGUGAAAUUCUGUUCAGACUUGCAACUGCUAAAAAAAAAAAAAAAAGAGAGAGAGAGAAAAAGUCUGUAUCAAGGAGAGCAAAUCCUCUUUAUUUUAAACACUAACAGUGUUAUUUCAAAGAGGGGUUCUUGGCACUAGCGGCCUGGGCCCCAGCUCUGCAAACACUUAUGCGUGUGCUCAGGGGAAGGCCAGAGCUGGCCGGCCAAAGCAGCCGGGCGGCUCGGGAGCUCUCUGUGAAGUACACGUAUAAAUCUUUGUGAAACUGAAGCCUGGUUCGGUUAGGGCCAGAUUCUGACCUUACUCAGGUGGCUGGAAAACCCUGGGGUUUCGUCCAGGUUCACCAGGGCGGGAUGCCCCGGGGGCGCGGGGGGAUGUGGCCUGUUGAAACACUUCUGCUCUCCCAUGAACGCCAAAACGUGGCGAAAUGGGGCUUGCACUCAGACAGGUAAUUUCCAUUUCUGCCCUCCCCAUCAUCACAGGUAACAGCAGAGCCCGCUUGGGGCUCUGGCCAGUGCUGAUGUGAGAAGCAAGGGGGGCGACCGUGUCGCUGGAGUGCAGCCGGUCAUUUUCUUCUCUCUGGUUUAUCCACCUCCCCCCCCGCCCCCACGGUCCUGAAACAACAGAAAAAUGAGAAUUUGUUGAUGCAGAUCUGCAUACGUGCACACACAGCCAGGCAGAAGUGUCAGUUUGCACAUGAAUAAAUACGUGUGAGUUUUGCAAGCCUACACAUCCACUUGGUUUCCUGUCCCGAGGACAGUGUCGUGUUUUGUGUCGAUAGGGAAAUUCCAAACGAGUUGCACACCUCUACUCCAGAGUUCAAUUUCUUUUACAUAGACGACCUCGCUUCAGAUGUGUUACCUUUACUGAUAGGAUCUUUUCUUGUAGCACUAUAUCUUGUGGGAAUAUUUUUUGAUGUAAACCUAAUUUGAGAAGCUUAUUAAAAAUAGAAACUUUUUUUGAAGCACUCACAUUGAGGAGUACAGGUAAUGUUUUAAAAAAAUUGCACAAAAGAAAAAUGAAUGUUGGAAUGAUUCAUUCAGUGUUUGAAAAAGAGAUGGCUCUGUUUGAACAGUGAGUUUCAUACCUUGUUUGUAAAAAAAAAAAAAAAAGUUUUUAAAUACAAAAGCAGAGAAAGGUUGAAAGUUACAUGUUUUUUGUAUAUAGAAAUUGUCAUGUCUAGAUGAUCUGAUUUGUAUUGGCUUUGGCCAGGAAGAAUUAUUACUUAAAAGGCUCUUAAAGAACAA